UAAAACGUCACAACUCGCAGGGACAGGGAACUGAAGCAAUUCAUAUUAUUACAAGGAAAGUCGCAAUUCCAGAAACGCGACAAUAGUUCAAGCAUUGCGCAUGUGGCGGAGACACGGGAAGUGUCCUUUUCCGUCCACGUUACACUAAACAUCUCGAAUCCCAGAUCUCUCUCUCUCUCUCUCUCAUUCGCUGUACAGAAUCGUGCUGUAAAUUGUCUCCGGCGACGGCAAACCGCUUCCUUGUCACCGUUAACCGCCUUUCAAAUAAUUCUCCGGCGAAAAAUCUAGCGAUUCACUAAGACAUGAGUAACAGCGAGCUCCUCCAAAUCGAACCUCUCGAACUUCAAUUCCCAUUCGAAUUGAAGAAGCAGAUCUCAUGUUCCUUGCAAUUAACCAACAAAUCAGAUAAUUACGUUGCCUUCAAGGUCAAGACGACGAAUCCAAAGAAGUAUUGCGUGAGGCCAAAUACAGGAGUUGUAUUGCCCCAUUCUACUUGUGAUGUCACAGUUACAAUGCAAGCACAAAAGGAGGCUCCACCUGAUUUGCAAUGCAAGGAUAAAUUCCUCCUCCAGAGUGUAGUUGUUGGCCCAGGUGUAACCACAGAAAAUAUCAAACCUGAUGUGUUUAACAAGGAGUCGGGGAACCGUGUUGAAGAAUGCAAACUGAGAGUUUCCUAUGUUCCACCCCCACAACCCCCUUCGCCUGUGCGAGAAGGCUCAGAGGAAGGCUCCUCACCAAGGGCUUCAUUGUCGGACAAUGGCACUGUAAAUCAGAUUCCUGACUAUAACAGCAUGUCCAGAGCAUAUGUUGACUCACUGGAGAACACACCAGAGGUUAAAGCUCUGAUCUCCAAGCUGAGUGAGGAGAAAAAUAUUGCAAUUCAGCUAAAUAACAAGCUUAUGCAAGAACUGGAGCUCUUGAGGCGUCAAGGUAACCGGAAUCAUGGAGGCAUCCCAUUCAUAUAUGUUGUUAUUGUUGGCUUGAUUGGCAUCCUUUUGGGGUAUCUUCUGAAGAGAACAUGAUUCCGAAACCCAAUGUGCAUCAUCGUUACACUCACGUUGUCCGAUCGUUUAAAAAAGUUAAGACAUUGAAGUCAAUUAUUUAAGUGAUUGAGAAGAGCUUUGUGUUCUAUUUAGUAGUUUGGUUGACAGCAGGAAAAACGCUGGCUUUGAUGAUGCUCCAAGAGCAUUCAUUAUGUGACUAGUUGCUUUUUUACAGGUUCACUUCUUUAACUUGAGAAGAAUAUUUAUUCAACUAGCUUAAUGUUUCUCGUGAUUUGCGUUUUCUUACUGUUUAAAUUGGAUUGUUCUAGAUUUUUCUCUUUA